AUGGACACGUUCCAGGAUUACAGCCUUAAUGCCCCUCGCCCCAGCCAACUACAGCUCCUCAUCCGACUCAACGUCCUUGAUGGCCUUGCUCGAAAUGCGGAAGCCCUUGAUUUCCCAGUCAAGGGCCUCUGCGCUGACGAGUUCAUUUCUCCUUUCAACUACCAGGAUGGGCAUCGGCCGUCUUCGCAGUCCUCCCACCCCGAGUCUCUCAGUCCGACGGCCCUCCAGCGAACGGUGCGACAUCACCCGUGGGUGGACCUCUUCCCUCUGGCGCGGCUUCGUGAUAACGUCCUCCGCGGUCUCACUUCAGGGACAAUUGACGAAGAUGAGCUCUGCUCCGACCUACUCAACGUUGAGGACACGAACUGGUCAGACGUAGACAAGCCGUCGCUCAUCCUCUGGGGCGAAUCGUGGGACAUCUAA